AUGGAAGCUCUCCCGGUAUGGGUAGUGGAUAUUGACACUCUCCCAGUACAGGCAUUGUAUAUUGACACUCUCCCGGUACGGGUAAUGGAUAUCAAAACUCUCCCAGUAUGGUCAGUGAAUAUUGACAAACUCCCAGUACGAAAAUUGGAAAUUGACACUCUCCCAGUACAGGCAGUGGAUAUCGACACUCUCCCAGUACAGGCAUUGGAUAUUGACACUCUCCCAGUACGGGCAGUGGAUAUGGACACUCUCCCAGUAUGGGCAGUGGCUAUGGACACUCUCCCAGUAUGGGCAGUGGCUAUGGACACUCUCCUGGUACGGGCAGUGAAUACUGACACUCUCCCAGUAUGGGCAGUGGAUAUGGUCACUCUCCCAGUAUGGGCAGUGGAUAUGGUCAUUCUCCCAGUACGGGCUAUAAAUAUUUACACUCUCUCAGUACGGGCAGUGAAUAUUGACACUCUCCCAAUAAGAGCAGUGGAUAUUGACACUCUCCCAGUAUGGGUAGUGGAUAUUGACACUCUCCCAGUAUGGGCAGUGAAUAUUGACACUCUCCCAGUACAGGAAUUGAAUAGCGACACUCUCCCAGUACGGGCAGUGGAUAUUGACAAUCUCUCAGUACGAGCAGUGGAUAUGGAAGCUCUCCCAGUAUGGGCAGUGGACAUGGACACUCUCCCAGUAUGGGCAGUGGAUAUUGGCACUCUCCCAGUACGGGCAGUGGAUAUGGGCACUCUCCCAGUAUGA